AUGGUUGUUAACGUACGCGCCCCAAUAAAUUUGACAUCAAUAGCUGCGCCACAUCUCGUCAAAACUAAAGCGUUAGAACUGGCUAAACAUGGAGUAAGAGUCAACACUAUAAGUCCUGGCCCAGUCAAAACAGAUCUUAUGGAUAAUGCUGGCAUCGGUCAUGUUAAGUUUGAUGAUAUGGCUAAAACCUUACCUUUGCAAAGAGUGUCUGAAGCGGGGGAAAUUGCUGAUCUAAUUGCAUUUUUGGCGAGUGAUAGGGCCGUAGUGUGCGUCUGCAUUGCGGUCAGUGUGCAGGUCAAUAUGAGUUUUAAAAAUAAAGUUGUGAUUGUGACCGGGGCCAGCUCGGGUAUUGGUGCUGCUACCGCAUUGAAAUUCUCAAAAGAAGGCGCUGCGGUGGUGAUGGUAGCUCGUGACGAGGCAAAACUCAAAGCUGUCAAGAAAAAAUGCGACGCCGAAGGUUGGCCUGCAUUUAUUAUCAAGGCUGACUUAUCUGAGGAGGAGGAGGUGGAAAGUGUUAUAGAAAAAACUGUAAACGAAUUUGGCAAAAUAGACAUCUUAAUAAACAAUGCAGGUAUACUACGAUGUGGAAGUAUAGUUGACGGAUCUAUCCUAGAAACAUACGACGAGGUUAUGAAUACAAAUAUUAGAGGUGUUGUAUUACUUACAACAUAUGCAAUGCCACAUCUAAUAAAAAGUUCAGGGAAUAUUGUAAAUAUUUCUACUAUAGGAGGCGAGAGAGUUAUAUGUUCUGAAUACAAUGCAUAUUGUGUUUCAAAGGCGGCCCUAACACAUUUUACACGUGCAGCUGCCAUGGAAUUACGUGAACAUGGGGUAAGAGUGAGCACAGUGAGCCCUGGAAUUGUGAGAACUGACUUAUUAAAAAACGCGGGUAUUAAUGAUGAUAAUGAUGAUAACUUUAUAUUCAAAACUGUUAUGAAUAAGUGGACUGAGCCAGAGGAAAUAGCUGAAUUAAUUCUUUUUGUGGCCAGUGAUAAGGCAAAAAGUAUAACUGGCUCAAACUUUGUUAGUGAUAAUGGGAAUUUGUUAAUUUAAGAGACAUUUGAGCAGUACAACGGGCUUAUAAGAUAUCAUCCUCUAUUUCGUUUUAAGUUGUUUGAAACGAGAGAGCAUGUAUGUUUACAGUACAUAGCCGUAUUAUGCUUACAUACUCAUAUUUAAAGUAUAUCAAUGAAUCGUAGCAUAAAGUGUAAUAUUUAUGAAUUACCUUUUUUCGUUUCAGUUUCUAUAUUUCGAUAUAUCGAUAUUACAAUUUAGUUACUAUUCCAGCCUGAAGGCAAACCAAAGAACUGAUCCUUACUAUAAGUGUUCCUGAAUAAUUUUGUAAAUAAAAAAACUAAAUAA